UUUGUGAGUUAGCCCAGACAACCACCAUCAUGCAGCAGGAGAACGGCCAACUGGCCGAGGAGUAUCAUCCCCAGCAGACUCCUGCUGCAUCGCCAGAUAAAGUAAUGGUACAGAGGUCUAAUUUUGCAGUGAAUAAAAAAUUACUUCCUAUAAAAGGAUAUUACCUGGUGUUCAUGGCAGCUGUUGGAGAUCUUCUACCUUUCAUCGCCAUCUACAUGAAGCAGCUUGGGCUUACGCCACAUGAGACAGGGAUUAUCUAUGGCAUUAUGCCAUUUGUGGGAUUUUUUGUACGGCCUUUGGUUGGAGCUGUGGCUGAUAAAUUCAAAAUCCACAAAUUGACACUGAUGGUGAUGACAGUUUUGACAGGUGCAUUUUAUUUCUUUCUGUUGUUUAUACCAGUCCGCACAGUGCCUACCUCCUUACAGCUCCACACCAAAUUCAAAUGCAACACCCAAGACUCCUUUCUCCAGGACUGCUACAGCCUCAAAAACCUGCAGGGUUGCGACAGCAGUCUGACACAGUUCGCCAAUGCCACCGCCUCGUCUCAUCACAACACAUCGCUGGCUUGCAAUUUUUCUUGCAGUAUCGGGAGAUCCGAGUUUGUUGCCUGCUUUACGAACGAUUCCGGGCCUUACAAUGAAGAGCGCUGCAACGGCACUCUCAGCCGAACGAAACACCUCAACUUUACUAUUCCUGACAUUGGCCGCCUUAUUAGCAAGGAGAUCCCCAGCGAUCGGUUUACCGUCAACUUGCAACAGUGUUUUGACUACGACUUAAAGGACGUCAUGUUUGAGAAAAACUACACCCAUGUGGCGUGGCAGAUACUCUGCGACAGAGAGAGCGAGCUCAACUGCACUGUCACCUGCCCACACGUGAAAGAAUGCGUGAGCGCAUCUGAAUCAUUCGAUAGAACAUUUUUCACCUUUUUUAUCGUUUUCCUGCUGGCUAAUAUUGCCUUUGCUCCGAUUUUCCCCAUUUUGGAUGCGGCGGCGUACAACAUCUUGGCUGCCGACCACCACAAGUGGGGGCUGCAGAGGGCGUGGGGCACCCUGGGAUUUGCUGUUUUUGCUGUGACUGCUGUGUUUUUAACCACUGGUCAAGAUGGAGUGUUUACUUACUCUUUUUACAUUUUUCUGCCGCUGUGUGUUAUUGCUACUAUCAUAGCAUUCUUUUUGAAUAUGUCUUCGGAUAUUAAGUGCGGCCAGUUUGUGAAGAAUGUCUGGAAGCUUUUGUCUCAUGCUGACAUCUCAGCUUUCCUCUUUAUUGUCAUGUACUUCGGGAUGUUGACCGGAGCCCUGGAGACCUUUUUGUUUUGGUACCUGAGCAUGAUUGGUGGCUCCAAUUUGGUGUUUGGAUUCAUCCUCCUUGUAAACUGCUGUGCUGAGCUUCCAAUAUUGUUACUAGCUGGGAACAUAAUAAAAAAAAUUGGACUCGUUAACUGCCUUUACCUGGCCAUGGUCUGUUACGCCAUCCGCAUGAUUGCCUACUCCUUCCUGGAAAACACCUGGCUGACCUUGAUUGUGGAACCGUUGCAUGGGAUCUGCUUUGGUUUGAUGUACGCUGCGGCUUCCUCGUACGCCAGUGUCAUCGCCCCGCCUGGCAUGUCUGCGACCAUACAGGGUCUGCUGGGUGGAGUACAUUUUGGUUUUGGAAAAGGUCUGGGCAGCCUUAUCACGGGUUUUAUGUUUGAUGGUAUAGGACCCAGGUGGACAUGGAGGACAUAUUGCAUUGUGUCCUGUGUCCUGCUGGUCCUAUACUUCCUCCUGAACAAGAUAUGUUUCUCAGCUACACCUCGGCCAAAGUUGUCAGAGACCCAAGGAGAAAUCAGAGAGGAACUUUCAAGACAGGAGGAGACUUUAAUAAACCCUUGA